GCAAGAAGCUGACCCAAUUUUCAAUUUAAUCAAAGGGAUAAAGUUGAUUGAUUGAUGAUAAUCUGACCCUUUACUUAAAUCAUCUGUCUCAGUUCUUUCCCCCUCUUUCGAAAGGAAGGAGGUCGGAGCAUCCAUUAAUGGCGAACAGGAUAAGGUUUGGAUCAGUGUUUUUACUGAUUUUGUUACUCUCGGCGGCAUAUGUGGCGAUUGCAGAAAGAAGAGUGUCACUAUUGAAUGGUUACGAUAAAUCGAUUUUCAAGUCAUCAUUUCAUCGGAUUUUUGAUACCUCCAAGUACGGCAUACUGCAGCUUCAAAAUGGGUUGGCUCGAACGCCUCAGAUGGGAUGGAAUAGCUGGAAUUUUUUCGCCUGUGAUAUUAAUGAAACUCUAAUCAAGGAAACUGCGGAUGCACUCGUUUCUACGGGUUUGGCUGAGUUAGGUUAUGUGUACGUCAACAUAGAUGAUUGCUGGAACACUCAAAAGAGAGACUCAAAGGAUCAACUGGUUCCUGAUCCCAAGGGUUUCCCGUCAGGAAUUAAACCUCUUGCUGAUUAUGUUCAUAGUAAAGACUUGAAGCUUGGAAUAUAUUCUGAUGCUGGUCUUUUCACUUGUCAAGUUCGAGCUGGGUCACUUUACCAUGAAAAUGAUGAUGCACAGUUGUUUGCUUCUUGGGGGGUUGAUUAUCUGAAGUAUGAUAACUGUUUCAAUCUAGGAAUUAAACCAAUAAAGCGAUACCCACCUAUGCGUGAUGCACUAAAUGCAACUGGGCGGAGUAUUUUCUAUUCACUUUGUGAAUGGGGAGUUGAUGAUCCAGCAUUAUGGGCCGGCAAGGUUGGAAACAGUUGGCGUACGACAGACGACAUUAAUGAUACAUGGGCAAGCAUGACUACUCUUGCAGAUCUCAACAAUAAGUGGGCAGCCUAUGCCGGACCUGGUGGCUGGAAUGAUCCAGAUAUGUUGGAAGUUGGUAAUGGAGGCAUGACUUAUCAGGAAUAUCGUGCUCAUUUUAGCAUAUGGGCUCUGAUGAAGUCGCCUCUUUUGAUCGGUUGCGAUGUUCGAAACAUGACCAAAGAAACUUCAGAAAUUCUUAUGAAUAAGGAGGUGAUUGCAGUAAACCAAGAUCCUCUUGGGGUCCAGGGAAGGAAGGUUAAAGUUUUUGGAAAGGAUGGUUGUCUUCAGGUUUGGGCAGGUCCUCUAUCUGGAAGCCGCUUGGCUGUUGUUCUUUGGAAUCGAUGCUCGGUUGCAUCAACAAUCACCACGGAUUGGAACGCACUUGGGCUUAAACCUAACACCAGCGUCUCAGUAAGAGACUUGUGGCUGCACGAAGAUGUUGCAGGAGAUGCAAUGUCAUCAUUUGGAGCAGAAGUCGACCCUCAUGACUGCAAAAUGUUCGUAUUCACACCUGUAGCCACGUUCCGUGCUGAAAUGUAAAUUAUCCAUCCUCAACUGCUUCAAAGCUGGAAAGGAUAGCAAACUCACAAGUGAUCCUCCUAUUUCAAGUAUCAUUGGUGAUAGUUGAUCCAUCAGACUGAAGAAGUUAAUAAAUCAAUAAUUGGCUCGCCCCAUUUGGCGCAUUGUAGCUAUUUUGUGCAAGUUGUAUGGUUUCUGAUGGUUCAACUUUGUAAAAGCACUAAACAAUGUUUGUGAAAGUACUAAACUAUGUGUUUGAAUUAAGUACUGAAAUGAAAAACAGGGUAAAGGGAUUUCAGUUGCUGUGCCUUGGAUGACAAAAGAUCACUUGUAAAGUAUUUGUUUUUGUGUUCAAUGUUAUUUUUCUGGUGUU